UCUGCACGUUUUUGAGAGAGAGAACCAUUUGACUCUCUCUCUCUCACACACACACACACACACACACACACACACAGCAUAUGAGAGAGAGAAAGAUAAAGAAAAAUACGAGGUGUAAAGAAGGGAGAGAAUCAGGAGAUAGGACAGAGCGACAGAAGGAGCGUGCCGUUGAGCUUUGUUGCUAUAGACACACGAGGACGAUUACUAGAAGAGAAUCUGACAGUAUUUCCGGGUCAAGGAGCAGUACAGCACUGGUGUACACACGUUUCUUCGUGAGUCUUCAAAACGGCUUUUCAUGACGAAGUGGUUUUCGUGUCCGAGAAGACAGGAAGAUGCAACACCGUGGCAAAGGCUCAACGUCUGGCCCUACAGAGGGAGAUAGACAAGGAGUCCCAGUCCACGGUUUCGGUCAGAUCGCUGAUGGUCCAAGCCGACACAGGCAACAGGAUGGUUACCAUGAAGAAGACGAACAAGAAGAGUGGGAAGGACACCCACGCUGAGGAAGAGAUCUCAGAAAACACUUCCAUAAACCAGGGGAAUAACGAAGGAGUGAAGAAGAAAAAGAAGACGAAAGGAGAGACUCUGGUAGAAGAAGAGCAGGUGUCAUCCAAUGGGGAAGGGGGGAAUACGGAAGGAGAGCAGGAGAAACAGAAAGGGAAGAAGAAGAAGUUGUCGUCUGGGACCAACGCUGAGGAAGCCAUGACUAAUGGAAAUGACGGAGGGUGCGGCCAGAAGAAGAAAAAGCAGAAAGGUGUUAACACUGUCAAAACGGAGGUAGAGACAGAACAGAGUGAAUUAAAGGACGAGAAAGGAGUAGUGGAAAAUGGGCCGAAGCAGAAAAAAAAGAAGCUCUCUCAGGCAGAAGAGACAGAGAUCAGCGUGGUCAAGGUAGAGGAAGGAGAGAUGAUAGAAAUAAAGAAAGGCAAGAAAAAGAAGGGAAAAACAGAGGAAGAAAAGAAAGUGAAAAAGAUCCCUAAAGCUGCUGAACCAACUGAGGAGAGUCAGGAGGGGGAGACGAAGAAGAAGGGUAAGAAGAGAGCAGUCUCUGAGAAAGGAGAGGCAGAGAAAGAAAUGGUAGUAAAGAAGAAGAAAGGAGAGACGAGAGAGAGCGGAGAGGCAGAGAAAGAAAUGGUAGUAAAGAAGAAGAAAGGAGAGACGAGAGAGAGCGGAGAGGCAGAGAAAGAAAUGGUAGUAAAGAAGAAGAAAGGAGAGACGAGAGAGAGCGGAGAGGCAGAGAAAGAAAUGGUAGUAAAGAAGAAGAAAGGAGAGACGAGAGAGAGCGGAGAGGCAGAGAAAGAAAUGGUAGUAAAGAAGAAGAAAGGAGAGACGAGAGAGAGCGGAGAGGCAGAGAAAGAAAUGAGAGCGGAGAGGCAGAGAAAGAAAUGGUAG